UCCACGAGACUGGAUCCAGGGCAAAAUGGCAGCGCACGUGAAGAGAAAAGUUGGUGCAACUUUUUUUGUGCCGUUUUAAUCUAUGAAUCGUUUCCACAAUGGACCUGUCGUCGUUCGAAGAAGCCAGCCACCUGGUAGACGAGCCAGACUCGUGUUUGGAGAUCGUGCGAUGCCGGGAACACAUCCCGCUGCCGCCGCAGUACCUGGGGCGUCUGCGGACAGGCGUGCAGGAGGUACUGGGCAGCGAGCUCAAGAUGUACUCCGCCAGGCUGAAGGGGGUCCCAGUGUCCUACAGUAACAUCAGCCUGGUGCAGACGGGAGGAAACAUCCUAGAUGACCAGCCCUACAUUCAUCUGGACGUGGAGACAGAUUUCAUUGUCUUCAGGCCCAAAGUUGGCAGUACUCUAGUGGGUAAAGUCAACAAGUUAGGGAAAGGCCACGUGGGCUGUCUGGUGCACAACUAUUUCAACGCCUCCAUCCCGAGGCCCCGCGGCACAGUGAACGGCUGGGCAGGGUCUCGGCUGGCUGUGGGGGACAAGUUCAACUUCACUGUCACCAGGAUAGAGGCUGAUUAUGGAGGGGUGUUAGCCAUUACUGGAAAAAUACUAGAUGACACCUGUGAUAGCUAUACAGACAUCCAGCCUUCUGCCUGCCUCACAGGUACGCCUGGGAAAGGCAUCAUCAAAAAGAGAAAACACACCGGAGAUGAAGAUCCAUCAAGUGGGAAGAAGUUGCGGCAGACAACAGAAACUGUUUCCCAUAGAGAGGCUACUGUUACUGCAGCAGAAGAGCCAACUACAUCAACUGAUGACAUCUCUCCAAACAAGAAGAAAAGACACAAGAAAAAGCACAGGGAAAAGGGGCAUUGUGACACAGAUGGUUUGUCUGUCUCUCCAAAGGCUGGUCAGCUUUCACCUGAUUGUGAGGACAACCAAGAUGAAGGAAAUACUUUGACAAAGAAAAAGAAGAAACAUAAGGAAAGCACCAAGGAAGAUUUGCCGAGUAUGGAAGAAGCAGUAAUCGAGAGAUUCACUAAUACUGCAGAAAGUUUGCCUAAAAAGCAGAAGAAGAAAAGACAAGAAGAAAAUUGUUUUGUGUCAUCAGCACAGGAAGGCAAAAACUAUGGUGAGGGACAUUCUGGGAUACAUAGCAAGCUGAAUGGAGACAAAAAUGAAGAAACACAACUAUCGGUGGAGAACAAUGUCCUAGAAACACAGUCCACAUCUACAAAGAAAAAGAAGAAAAAGCAUAAAGAUAAGAAACGUUCUUGUGACAGAUAGACCAUUGAUGAAAAGUAGAACCAAUGAGAAGGAAGGACAUAAGGAAAGACUAACCAGGGAGGCAAAACUGACUGUUCAGUGGCACAGGUCUGGACCUAAUCAUCAGAAAUAAACUGUCAUAAGAAGUACAAUAUAUUUCUACAAAAGAAAUAAUUAAAUACAUGUAACCUUUGUUUUAUUCUAGGAUCUCAAAGAAACGAACAAAUUUUGUAGCAAUUGUGUUCUGUAUUAUUAGAGGAAAGCUCGUAAUAUUAGUAAGAAAUUUAAAAAAAUAUUUUACUAUCUAUGUAAUUAAGUAUGAAACCAUGUGAGUUUUUUUUAAAUUGCCACAUUAUGCUCUCAUCUCCUGUGACUUUGUCAUAUUUACCAUUUUACAUACUUUGAAUAGGGCUAUAUACUUUGCCAAAUGCACUUUAAGUUCUGGAUGUUUUGAUUUAAUUGACAUAAAGGACUUUAUAAUUUUUAUGUUGAUAGCAUGCAUAGUACUGUUGUAAGUUACUACUCGUAACGCAUGAGGCCAUGAGGGCAAAGUGACAUUGUUAUGUAGUACUUUUGAAUUGUUACAGAAUUCAGUAAGUAUUAAUGUUGAAGAAAGGAGAAACUUUUCAAAGAUAUCAGACAAACUCAAAGACCCCAUAACCCUACUACAAAACUCCUAUGUCAUGGUGAAUUUUCUAAAAAGAUGUAUUUUGUCAAUGACAACUACUCUAUAGCUAAGGAAGGUUAUGCAAAAUGGUUUUCUCUUGUAUUCCACAAAUUAGGAUUAACAGUAAUGCUUGUUUAAAAAAAAAUCAUAAAAGACCACAAUCAUUGAAGUUAACUUUAUAAGCACCAAAUUUAUUCAAACUUGUUAAUGUCAUUUCAUGUUCAUUCAUUCAUUCAUGUGCCUACAGACAGACAUACUGCACACGAGGGUCUGUUGUUGACACACUGCAUCUCGAUUUUGACAAUUUAGGACAUGAAAAUCAGGAAAACUUGUAAUUAAAUACAACUGUUUUAGACUUAAAUAUGUAAACCCUCUUACAAAGAUAAUUAAACAUUGAGUAAAAUAACAGUUGGCAGCAUAUAUGACUUACAUAAUGCUUGACCGAGGUUUAGGUACAGAUUCAUCUAGACUGUAAUAAUUCUAUUUACCUUCCACCCACCAGUGUUAGAAUCACAACAUUCAGAGUUUCCUCCUAUAGUCCACAGCCUCACCUAUUCACUUUAAUUUGAACAAUAAAAAGGUUAGAUUAGAUUAUGAUAAAGAAAUAUGAUACUUAAGUCUUCACCUUACUUGUUUUAUGACACAAUAUGAGAUUGGCACAUUUCUCCUAAGAUAGCGUAAACAUUGGCCACUAACUCAACAUUGUUACAGCUUUUCUAUGCUAUAAUACUUUUACCCUUGACAGUCUUGACUCCAUUGGUAAGUAUUAGUGAUUCUGUCUGGAAGACAACAUGCCCAAAUGUGUAUACAUGUAUAU